AUGGGUUUAUUAGAAUAUUAUUUCUUUAUAUUGGGUAUAUUAUUUUAUUGUUUGAGACCCUGCUCAUCAUUUUUGACAGUAAAAAAUGGAAAUUGGUGUUUAAGAAAUAAUAUAUUAAGAGAAAAAAAAAGCAAAUUACGGCUUCAUUUAAUUUCAUCAAAAGUUAGUGAAAAUGAUUUGAAAAUUGUGAUGUACCCAAAUCCUGUUCUUCGACAAAAAAGUGAAGAAGUUCUUUAUUUUGACGACAACUUAAAGAAUUUGGUAAGACGAAUGUUUAAGACAAUGUAUGAAAGUAAAGGAAUUGGAUUGUCAGCCCCUCAAGUUAAUAUCAGUAAACGAAUAAUUGUUUGGAAUGCAUUAUAUGAAAAAAGAGAUGAAAAGAAUGAACGAGUAUUUAUUAAUCCAUCAAUAAUACAAGAAAGUGCAAUAAAAAAUAAAUUAGUAGAAGGAUGUUUGUCAUUUCCAGAUAUUGAAGCUAAAGUAGAAAGACCAGCUAUUGUUUCGAUUAGUUAUUAUGAUAUAAAUGGCAACAAACAUUUGAAAGUUUUAAAAGGAAUACAUGCCCGUGUUUUUCAACAUGAAUAUGAUCAUCUUAAUGGUGUUUUGUUUAUUGAUAGAAUUACUCAAAGUGAAAAACAAAAAAUUAAAGGGAAAUUGAAUGAACUAGUAAAAGAAUUCAGAGCUGAAUAUACAGAGGAGCCAGCAAUUUAA